AUGUUAUACGCAUCAGUCACGAAAGACUUGAGUCGUAACCCGCAAUUACGUUUACUCAAUGCUCUUCAGGCCAACACAAAGCCAAUUAUGACGUUCCUGGGCCUUCCAUCUUUCCGAACAGCUCAAGUAGUUGCUCAGACCGGUGUCGAUAAGGGCAUUAUUAUUGAUUGUGAACAUGGCCACAUCAGCGACGACUCCAUGCAUAGCUCGACUGCUGCUAUCGCAGCCAUGGGAGUAUCGCCGCUGGUUCGUCUCCGAAUGACUCACUCCGAUCUAGUCAAGAGAGCGCUGGACGCGGGUGCCCACGGAAUUGUGGUCCCACAAAUAAAUACUGCCGAUGAGGCUCGGGCUGUUGUUCAAUAUUCGAAAUUCCCUCCCGAGGGAUUGCGCGGACAGGGCUCGGCGUUUCCGGCCAUCACCCACGGCAUCGACCUUCCGACUUACUUGAAAACGGCGAACAAAACACUCAUCACCUGUCUCCAAAUCGAAUCAAUGGCUGGGGUCAAAAACGUCGACGCUAUUUGCGCUGUACCUGGUGUCGACAUGGUUUUCAUCGGCCCAAACGACCUUGCACUUUCAGUGCUUGGUUAUGUUCCCGCAAAAGGCGACGAACCAGAAUUUGUCAAUGCCAUAGAGAAGAUUGUGGCAGCUGCUAGGAAGCAUGGGAAAUGGGUAGGUCGACUGUCAAAUGAUGGGGUCUCAUGCAAGGAGCAUCUGAAGGACUUCGAUACAGUGGCGAUGAGCUAUGAUAUCCGGGCCAUUCAAAACUGGUAUCAAACGGAGCUGGAAAUUGGACGCUCAUAG